AUGCCACAGCUGAGCCUGUCCUGGCUGGGCCUGGGGCCGGUGGCAGCCUCCCCGUGGCUGCUUCUGCUGCUGGUUGGAGCCACCUGGCUCCUGGCUCGUGUGCUGUCCUGGACCUACGCCUUCUAUGACAACUCUCGCCGCCUCCAAUGUUUCCCACAGCCUCCAAAACGGAACUGGUUUUGGGGUCACCUGGACCUGAUUCAGAACAAUGAAGAGGGCAUGCGGCUGUUGGAGGAUCUGGGCCACUCCUUCCGUGACGUCCACCUCUGGUGGGUCGGGCCUCUCUACCCUGCUCUGAGGCUUGUUCACCCUAAGUUCGUUGCGCCUGUGCUUCAGGCCCCAGCUGUCAUCGCACCCAAGAAUAUGACUUUCUACAGCUUCCUGAAACCCUGGCUGGGCGAUGGGCUGCUGCUGAGUGCUGGUGACAAGUGGAGCCGCCACCGCCGCCUGCUCACACCCGCCUUCCAC